AUGGCCAAAGUUGAACUGACCAAUCCGAAACUCAAGACCCAGCUGUCAGAAUAUGGCCGCCGGAGGCGUACAGACGGCCCAUAUGCCGACAACCUCGAGGUAGACGCCUUGGUUGUCGGAGGGGGGUUUGCCGGCGUGUUUAUGUUCUACUCUCUCCGCAAAGAGGGACUGAAAACUGUCAUUUAUGAGGCCGGCACUGACCUAGGCGGCACUUGGCGUUGGAAUUGCUACCCGGGGGCUAUGGUGGAUUCCGAGGUUCCUGAAUACCAGUUGAAUAUCCCGGAAGUCAUCAAAGCGCACAACUGGCCCAAUAACUACCCGAACUACCACGAUCUGCGGGACUACUUUGACACCUGCGACCGAGUCCUCGACAUCAAGAGCAAUACCGCCUUUGAGAGUGUCGUCGUCGACGGCCACUUCAACACUGACGAAGGGCGUUGGUACGUCAAAACGGCCGACGGCCGGACCGCCAAAGCCAAGUAUUUGGUCAUCUGUGCCGGCUUCGCGGCGAAGCGGUACGUGCCCGACUGGCCCGGGAUCGACAAGUUCAAGGGCGUGAUCCACCAUUCGUCCUUCUGGCCCGACGAGGAGAUCCCGGUCGAGGGCAAGAAAUGCGGCAUCAUUGGAACGGGCGCCACGGGGGUCCAGAUCACGCAGGCCUGGGGCCCCAAGGCCGGGCACCUGAAGGUCUUCCAACGCACCCCGAACCUGACGGUGCCCAUGCGUCAGCGCGACCUAACCGUCGAGGAGCAGGAGGCGGCUAAGAAGUGGUACCCGGAGCUCCUGGCCCUGCGCGAGCACUGCUUCGGCGGGUUCCUGUACACGUUCUCGGAGCGGAACACGUUCGACGACACGCCCGAGGAGCGCGAAAAGUUCUACGAGAAGCUCUGGCAGGACGGCGGCUUCCGCUACUGGUUGGGCAACUACAAGGACUACCUCACCGACCCAAAGGCCAACCAGGAGGCGUACAACUUCUGGGUGAAGAAACAACGAGCCCGCCUCAACGACCCCAAGAAGCAGGAAAUCCUGGUGCCGGAGAAGAUGCCACAUUACUGGGGCAUCAAACGUCCGUGCCUCGAGUAUUCGUACCUGGAACAGUUCAACAGGCCCAACGUCGAGGUCGUCGAUAUCAAGAACAACGCCAUCGUCGGAUUCGACGAGACCGGCAUCAACCUGGAAGACGGCACUCACCACGACUUGGAUGUCAUCGUCAUCGCCACGGGGUUCGACGUGGUCACGGGAGGGAUGACUGCGAUGGGCCUGCACGCCGUCAACGGCGAGAGCCUGGACGACCAGUGGAAGAAGGCCGCCUACACCUACUUGGGCACCACGGUGGCGGGCUACCCGAACAUGUUCCACCUGUACGGGCCUCACGGGCCGACUUUGCUCUCCAACGGGCCCACCACCAUCGAGGUCCAGGGUCGAUGGAUCACCGACGUGAUCCGGAAUUGCGAGCGCAACGGCGUCAAGUACAUCAACCCGACAGAAGAGGCCAGCAAGGCCUGGAAGAAGAGGAUUAACGAGCUGAGCGACGCCACCCUAUUCCCUACCACCAAGAGCACAUACAUGGGUGGAAGCAAGCCUGACAAGGCUUUCGAGCAGACGAAUUAUGCCGGUGGGUUGCACAACUAUGGCGAGGAGAUUAGAAAGGUCCUGCCUGCGCUCGAUGGCUUCAAUGUUGUCAAAGCCGCUGCUUGA